AUGGCGGCAUCGGUCCCAAUCUACCUGAGCAUUGUCGCUUUUUUCUGCACUGUUGGAGCCAUAGCUUUGGCCAUUUCGCACAUCUACAGGCACCUCAUGAAUUACACGGAACCUACUUAUCAGAGAUACAUUGUCCGCAUUAUCUUUAUGGUCCCAAUAUAUGCAUUGAUGUCUUUCUUAUCCCUUGUUUUACCUGGGAGCUCAAUCUACUUUAAUUCCAUCAGGGAAGUUUAUGAAGCGUGGGUCAUUUAUAAUUUUCUGUCGCUGUGCUUGGCAUGGGUUGGUGGCCCAGGAUCUGUUGUCCUAAGUUUAAGUGGUAGGAUUCUAAAGCCUUCGUGGGUUCUGAUGACAUGUUGCCUCCCUCCCAUACCUCUUGAUGGGCGUUUUAUACGUAGGUGCAAGCAAGGCUGUUUGCAGUUUGUUAUACUGAAGCCUGUAUUAGUUGCCGUUACGCUCAUACUUUACGCAAAAGGGAAAUAUGCAGAUGGAAAUUUCAGUCCAAAUCAGUCGUACCUGUAUCUCACUAUUAUCUAUACAAUCUCAUACACGAUGGCUCUUUAUGCUUUGGCAUUGUUUUAUGUGGCUUGCAGAGAUCUGCUUCAGCCAUUCAAUCCAGUUCCAAAGUUUAUUAUAAUCAAAUCUGUUGUUUUCCUCACUUAUUGGCAGGGUGUGUUGGUUUUCCUUGCUGCCAAAUCUGGAUUAAUAAAGAAUGCAGAGGAUGCUGCUCAAUAUCAAAAUUUCAUAAUAUGUGUUGAGAUGCUAAUUGCUGCUGUUGGUCAUCUAUAUGCAUUUCCCUACAAGGAGUAUGCUGGUGCAAAUAUUGGCGGGCCUCGAGGUCUGACUGGAAGCCUUGCACAUGCCUUAAAAUUGAAUGACUUCUACCAUGAUACAGUCCACCAGUUUGCCCCUACCUAUCAUGAUUAUGUACUUUACAACCAUAGUGAGGGUGAUGAGGGAAAGAGGAAGUAUCGGUCACGCACGUUUGUGCCGACUGGGCCAGAGAUGGACGCUGUCAGAAGAAACAAGCACAUUUUUGGGAACAAGAUAGAUGACAUACAGCUUUCCAGUCUCUCAUCUUCUAGUUCAAGCACUCCCAAUAACUCUGGCCCAAUCCCUGAUUCUGCAAAUUCAGAUGCAAUGAAGUCUUCCCUGCUUGUUGAUACCUCAAAUGCUUCAUCAGUGCCAUAUGACAUGUCACUUAUUGACUUGGACUUGACCAGCUACCCCGCAAAGGUUCCUUCAGCAAAUGAAGGUGGUACUAGGUGA